AUGGUGGUUAAGGAGUGUCACACCGCUAUGCUUAUCCAUGAUAUGGAUAUUUCUCGUCUCAUGGUUCAUGCUCAACAUAUUGAAGAGGAGAAGGUUAAGAAAAGGUCUAGGGAGGCUAAGAGAGCUAAGAUUGGUGAUGGUUAUUUCUCACAUUUAAGGUCCGAUGGACAUGGUUGUUCUAGGUUCCGACAAAGGUUUUUCGGUCAAGGUUCCUCUAAUGCUCCUUCAAAGUUCAACAAAAAUAGGAAUGAGGGUAAGUGCUUAGCCGACACGGAUGGUUGCUUCGGUUGUGGUAAAAGUGGCCAUAAGAUAAGGGAUUGCCCGAUGCUUACCGCUGAAGAAACAGAGGGUAAGCAAGCUCCUCCUAGUGGUUUGGGUUCCAAUGCUCCCAAGCAAAACCGAAUCUAUGCACUUCAAACUCAAGAUGAACAAGAGGGUUCUUUCGAUGUAGUUAACAGUAUGUUGAAAGUCUUCGAACUUGAUGUUUAUGCUUUAAUUGAUCUCCGCCAUAUGUGGCUAUGA